UCGCUCAGUGGGACCAAAUGACACAGAACUCAUUUACGGGCAAGAGAAAUGAAGGGCUGUGAAGCUGGGAGAACCUGACGACCCCUAAGGCAGCCCCGGGGUAGAGGAACACCCUGGGGGAAGGAGACAUGAAGAGCACCAGUGAGUCUCAGGUUCAAGAGUCCAUCGCUCGUUCUGGAAGACUUCGUCCCCAGCGUCUCCAUGAUAUUAGUGGGAUUUUGUAUUACAGUGGGGAAAGUUAAGUUACACAGCACCAUUGAAGAGGAAACUGUGUGAAUAAAGAGAAGAGAGGACCGAGAGGAGGAGGACCAGGAGGAGGAGGACCUAAGAAGAGCUACCAAGCGUUCCUUCAAGAAGAAGAAGAAGAGGAGGAGGAGGAAGCUCUCACCCUCCCUCAGGCCAGCGCGGGACGGACGGACGCUUUUGCAAACUUUAAGGGAGGAAAUCGAGGUGUUGGCGCCCGUGUCCUCCAUGUCCCAGUAGCCAUGUCCACGUACCAGGUCAGGUCACUGGAGGAGGCUGACCAGAUCAUCCGUGAGCACGAGAGGAAGACCAAGACGACCUACGCCCUCCUGCGCUCCACCAAGAACUUCGGUUGUGUGGAUGUGCCUGCGUGCGCCAAUGACGAGAAUGAGGUGCGGUUCGAGACGGUUGGCGUGCCUUACUGCGGCGUUCCCUUCUUUGUGGCCGGCCUCAAGAUCCUCCAAUGCCAGUCCUACAGAGUGCGUGGCGGAAGAAAAAAGAAGGAGAUCAAGAUAGAGUUGACAGGGUCCGGCGCGGGAGUGAUCGGCGAGGCGGGGGUCGGGGAUGCCGGGGGGGACGACGACGACACGCUGCAGCCCAAGCCCAUGGUGAAGAAGAAGAAGAAGGCCGGGCGCACCAACAAAGUGGGCUGCACCGCCACCAUCAUCAUGAAGGAGGUCAUCUACUACCCAGAGUUCCAGCUUUUUGAGCACUCGAAGAACAACCGAAUCGCCGUCGCGCGUCAACUGAAGGAGGCGCUGAAGUCCAAGGCCCCGGUGCAGAAGGACAGGAUAAUCUAUGUCACGGUUCCUGCCAUGUCGGACCACUUUGGGCACACUGUGGGGCUGGGAACGACCAAGCAACAGGGCGGGAAACGGCUAUUUGUGAAGAACGACUUUUACGGCCACAACGAGCCUGGACCAAGCAAGCGCGUGUACUACCCCGUCAAGCAGGAGAAGCUCAACGUCGCGCAGCUGGCCAAGCGCAUGAAAGUGGACGAGGAUGACACAGAAGCGCGUGCCAGGGAAGUGAGGGAGGUCCUACAGAGCAUCAUGGGUCUUACGUACAAGCAACCAGGGACCACAGAGGCGUAUCGGGAGCUGCACAAGGACCUGAUGCACGCCAAGCUGAGGUACCAGCAGACCAUGGACACCCUCCUUGGGGGAUCGUCCGUCGCACAGAUACACGUAGUCGACGGCAUCAUCGCCCACAACGGGGACCCACUCCAAGGGGCGCCACACCAACACACAGAGGACGCGUGGCCGGCAGCGACUCGAGCCACGGCCGUCACCACCGCCACCUCCGUCAACGUGUCCCUCGCAGCCGCCGCCGCCCCAGUAGCCCCCACCACCACCACCACCACCAUCGCCGCCGUUCCGCAGGUCCAGCAGAAUCCCGCCACCGCAGCGACCACCACCACAGCAACCACAGACGGGAGCAACCAGGAAACGAGUAUAUUUAUCGAGGCAAUGGAGGCGAUUCUUAACUCGCAGAUGUAGAGUGUAUGCGUGUGUGUGUGUGAGAGAGAGAGAGAGAGAGAGAGAGAGAGAGAAAGGAUGGACUGCUCUCUCUAUGCAUUUCUUAGUGUAUCAUAAUGUAUCAUAACUCGAAUAGUUUACAUAGUUUAGCGUAAUUCUCCUCCUCUUCCUCCUCCUCGCAUCGACCCCUGUGUGUGUGUGUGUGUGUGUGUGUGUGUGCGCUGUAACAUUCAGAUUUCCGUACUGACGUUUUUUAUCGUUUACCUUCAGUUCUUAUUCUCAUGGUUGUUGUAAGUAUUUCCGCCCACAAAAGACUGUCCCUCGAAACACCUCCUCCUCCCCUUGUGACGGCAGGCAGCGGCAGGACACACACAGCAUUCACUUCUGUUGCUGAUGACCCACCAUACCCAGCCAUUUCGUCCACCUCCACACAGUAAAUUAGUUUCUCUUCAUCACGUAAGGCCAGUUCAUGCACGCCACCUUUGACACUCUCUCAAGGUAAGAUUGAAAGUUUUGUUCAAGUUGUUGUAUACUUUAUUUGAUUUAAUACUCAUGUUUUGUUUACUGAGGUGUAGUGUAUGUGUUCCUGGGUUCACGCAUACGAUUACACUGUGUUCACUUCUGUGUUACUCGAUGUUCAGACGCACACAUCCUACACUGUUGUACCAUUCUACGUUCAUGUGUGGACUUACGAACGGCUGCUACAAACCGAAUCUUUUUGACGAUAGGGGAGACUCUGUAAUAUCUUCGUACUUGAUCGGGGGCUUCGUGGUGCAGUGGUUAGCACACUCAGCUCAACC